AUGCGACCUACACGAUAUGACUUCUUUUUCAAAUUGUCUAUCUCUUCAACUGAGAGCGCUGUUGAAUCAACUGCUCAAGCCAUCACUGCUGCUAAGCCUUCAGUUCAUGCUCAAGCAGUUAGCAUGACCUAUCUCAGCACUCCAGCUGAGGUUUGUGAUGAAUGGCUUUUAUCUGUCAUCACUGAUUAG